UUAUCAUUGUGUAAUGCUCCAUUUCAUCUGUAUCAUUUCUACAUUUUCCUUAGCUUUCAACUCGCAUUUGAUACCACAAGGUGAUCGAGGAGCUAGAGGAGGAAAACCAGCUGAUUUCAUCUGCAACAUCCUUAAAUAUCUUCUGCUCAUGAAUGUGAACCUAAAAGGCUAAAACACUGAUACAGCUGGAUUUCAUCCGCAAUGCAUUUAGCAGGGGCAGUGAUGAAGCUCACCAUGGCACCAGCUUUACUAAGGAGAUGAAUCAUGAGGAUGGACUAGUAUUAUUCCCAUAAAGCACCAUAUAAUCGUAGGUAACAUUCAUUGCUUAUAGUGUCGUUAUGUAUAUACCACAAAUUAACAUCUAUAUACACCUGAGACUUCUCCGAAAAGAAGAUACACCUGAGCAAGUCGUUGGGUGUUUCGCCCACUUGAAUCCAUCUUAAUUCCUAUAGGUAUCGAUUAUACAAGGCGGUCAAUUUUUGUGUGUAGAUUAACUUCAAACAAACAGCUGUAGUUCCUUUGGAAGCUCCGUUAUAGCCCUGCCCUGUCAUAUCAAGGAGAUGCUGAAGAUGUGGACUCCUGCACUAACAGAGGUUGUUCUCACAGUUACAGCAACUGUACGUCUCAUGCACAAUAAUUAAUUCCGUUCUACGCAUGAGAUGAAAUACUCCUUCACGGCUACGCAGGAGCUAGCCCCAUUCCACACAGUAUAGCUUCGUGCACGCACCGUACCUUUGUACCCGUCUGCUACUUAAAUAAAUAAAGCACCACGUGAGUACUAUAUAUAUCACCUAGUUCCAUUGAGCAAUGCAAACCAAAACGUACCCACUAUUACAAGCGAAAGCAAUUCAGAGGAGAGCCUGAUCAAAGAUGGGCAUCCCGAGGGCUUCGCUCCUUGCCAUCCUCGGCUGCCUCUGCUUCUUUAGUCCUGUCCUCGGAGCUCGAGAGCUUAACGAUGACUUGUCCAUGGUCGCAAGGCAUGAGAGUUGGAUGGUGCAGUACGGCCGCGUGUACAAGGAUGCUGCUGAGAAGGCACAGAGGUUCGAGAUAUUCAAGGCUAAUACUCGAUUCAUCGAGUCGUUCAAUGCUGAGGGCCGCAAGUUCUGGCUCAACAUCAACCAAUUUGCGGACCUUAGCAAUGAUGAGUUUAAGGCAACCAAGACUAACAAGGGGUUUAUUUCAAACAAGGGGAAGGUUCCUACAGGGUUUAGGUAUGAAAAUAUGAGCCUUGAUGCACUGCCAACAACGGUGGACUGGAGGACAAAGGGUGCAGUAACUCCCGUCAAAGAUCAAGGCCAGUGUGGUUGUUGCUGGGCUUUUUCUGCUGUUGCUGCAACUGAGGGCAUUGUCAAGAUAAGUACCAGCACUCUUAUCUCGCUCUCGGAGCAAGAAUUGGUGGAUUGUGAUGUCCACGGGGAGGACCAGGGCUGCGAGGGUGGUCUCAUGGAUGAUGCAUUCAAGUUCAUUAUCAAGAAUGGUGGCCUCACUAAGGAGUCUAGCUAUCCAUAUUCCGCAGCAGAUGGCAAGUGCAAGAGUGGAUCUAGCAGUGCUGCAACUAUUAAGAGCUAUGAGGAUGUGCCUACCAAUGAUGAGGGUGCCCUCAUGAAGGCAGUGGCAAGCCAACCCGUGUCAGUAGCCGUGGAUGGAGGCGACAUGACAUUCCAAUUCUACUCCGGUGGCGUGAUGACUGGUUCUUGUGGUACUGAUUUGGACCAUGGGAUUGCAGCCAUAGGGUAUGGAACGACAACUGAUGGUACAAAGUAUUGGUUGCUGAAAAAUUCUUGGGGCACAACAUGGGGCGAGAAUGGAUUUUUGAGAAUGGAAAAGGACAUUGCUGACAAGAAGGGCAUGUGCGGCCUUGCCAUGGAGCCCUCCUACCCUACAGCUUAGUGAGACCACAAAAUGCCACAUAUUCACACACAUACAUGAGAUUGAAUAAAUGCAUGUCUUUUCUUCUAGUGUUGUAUAUAUGUCCAUAUGUAAAUGCUUGUAAAUUGUGUUACGCGAACUCAUUAUAUGUAUCUACACUUUUUAUAUACAA